GCAAUGUUGUCUCUAUCUACGUUUACCAUACAAUGAUCCUAUUGGAAUACCUCUCUCUCUCUCUCUCGAUCCCUCUCUAUGUAGAAUGAAGCUUGAGCUUUAAAAUUGCAGUGUACAUGGCGUUUCAAGACCAUCUCUCUGAAGGAAUGGCACUCCACCACCAACGGUGCACAGGCCAGCACCUAGCCGAAAACGGCAGCGUUUUAAGAGGUAUCUUACCAGAGUCAACGUCCGAUGGCGCCUCCCGAAAGCCACCGCCAACAUGGCUACUACGCCGACAAAACCACCACUUCGCCGCCGGUGAUAAUAAUUUCCUCCACCUCCAGACCAUCAACUCGGACUCGUCUAAUUCGAACCAGUGGCUCUUCAAACAAAACGACGACGUCUCGACCAUGAACCAAGAGAAGAAGAUGAAUAGCGAGAGUACCGAAAAUAACGGCGAAGAGAGUAGUGGUGAUUGGGAGCGUACGGUGAAGUGUAAAGCGGAGAUUGUGAAUCAUCCUCUGUAUGAUCAGUUGUUAUCGGUGCAUGUGCAGUGCCUGAGAAUCGCCACGCCGGUGGACCAGUUGCCGAUGAUCGAUGCGCAGCUGGCUCAGUCGCAGCAUUCGGUGGCGAAAUAUUCCAUGCUCGGUGGACAUGGAAUCCAGGAUAUUGAACAUAAAGAUCUCGAUCAUUUCAUGAGUUCUGUUCUUAUAUUUAGCCAUGCAGCGUCUGUUCAGCUGUGUAAGCAAUGGAGAAUUUCUGAGAAGGUUCUAGCCUAGACUCUCUCUCUCUCUCUGUUUUGUGCUUUGGGAGAUAUUUGAACUAUUGGGUACAAACUUUUUUGUUAGUGGAAUUUGAUUUUCUGAAAUAGAUGGGUCUGUCCGGUUGUCUGUCACUUCGAAAGAGGAAUCAUGUUGUUCUCAGUACACGAAUAAUUGAAUUUUUGGAAGUGGUCUGGAGCGAGGAAUCUUUGAUCAUGUGAUAUUUCUCCACUUGUUCAAUGGAUUCGUCUCUGUUUGUUGUAUUCUAGAAGAUUGGGAUUCAUCUGUAACACCGAG